GAUAUGGAUGUUGUGUCAUCAAACUUGCUAAAAGACUGUUGUAGAAAGACAGUUUUAGUCACUUCUUUCAAGUUAAAUCCCUUUUCUGAGACUAAUUUGUGACAACUGUAAUGUCCAGUGCUGUCCACUCAACAAAUGGCAGGAAACCAGAUUGGAUCCUUCAUUUUCAUCAGUUCUUUAUUGCUACAUACUCAACUAGCUGAUGUUCAGUAUUCUGCUGUGAUGCCGCACACAGUAACAGCUCUGACAGGCUCUUGUGUGCAGAUUCCCUGUACAUUCAACACCUCCGAUUUUGAAGACAAACUUAAAAAGACAGUUAAGUCUUUUUAUGGCCUCUGGCUAAAAAAGAUACCGCAGUAUGGAAACACAGACAGUUUUAUAGCUUUUAAUAGCAGUAACAACAUCAUUAGAGGAUUCAGUGACAUACAGAUAACUGGAAAUCUCAGUGAGAGGAACUGCACCACUGUCUUCUACAACAUCAUGAUGAACCACUCAGAUAAUUACUACUUCAGACUGGAAACAAAGCCAGAGGUGUUUAAAGCAACAUUUAACAAUCAACCUGUGAGGAUCAGUGUCAGAGAUUUUCCACAACAACCUGAACUUAAACCCAAUAAUCUACCGUAUGUGAUGGAGGAAAGUACAGUAAAUCUAAAUUGCUCUGCUGAAGCCCCCUGCCCAAAACAACCUCCUAAUGUGUCCUGGUCUAACAUCCCUGAAUCUGCCAGCAUUACAACACAGUUACUGGAGAAACCUGAUAAAACCCAGUCAGUGUUUUCACUCAUGACCUUCAAAGCUUCAUACAGAGAUCACAAAAAGAACAUCUACUGCACUGUUACAUAUACAAGAGAAACUGCUAAUGACUCAACUGUGGAAACCAACGUGACGCUACUAGUCCUGUUUCCUCCAAAAGAAACUCAUAUCACCAUCAGUCCAUCUGCUUCAGUUUCUGUUGGCACUAAUGUGACUUUGACCUGCAAAAGCAAAGGCAGUCCAUCAAAUAAUAUGACCUACACCUGGUACAAACUGGGAAAAGACACGGCAAUUGCUCGAGAAAAGAAGAUUACUUUCACUGUUUCUCAGAAUGAUACAGGAUUCUACUUGUGCACUGCACAAAAUAAACAUGGAAACCAGUCAUCCAGACCAAAAAACAUACAGCUUACAUCUGAAGAAUCAUCUCAUCUUGUCAUUUAUGGCUGUACAGGAGGGCUUUUCACUUUAAUUCUGUUGUCUGCAGUAUGUUUUUACUAUUUGAGAAUAAAGACAUCAGGUCAAGCCCAUGAUACAGGAAGUAAUCAGGCUAUGGAUAAAAACAGCGAUGCUGUGGCUAUUUAUGCUAACAAUGGCUUUGUGAUCAGUGAGAAAAAUGAGAAAGAAACUGCUGAUCUUCACUAUGGAGAGAUUGACUUUUCCAAACUCCAGACGAGUCACGCAACAAGAGAAUUUUUAAGUAAUGAACCACCAACAGAGUAUGCCGAGCUUCAGGUGACAGAGAAAAAGACAAAAAUCAACAAAUGAACACACAUUUUGCUCUUUGUUAUUUUGUGCAGGGUUUGAUGAAUCUUUUCAGCCAUAAACAAUUGUCAAUUUCUUGUGAAUGUCAACCACUGUGAUGAGUGGUAUUGUUCAGUGAUGAGUCAAAAAAAUAGGAUGUGGAAUUUAAUAAUUAGAUUGCUGAAAAUUACCCCCAAUAAACGUGUAAAAUCUGAUUUAAGGUUAAAGAAUUUAAAAUCGUAAACUUACUCUGAAAAAUGUGGUGAAAUUUAACCUGAUCUAAUCCACAAAAAUAUUUCCAAUUAUUGAAUUUUUUUACCCUCAAGUAUAUCUUAUACUGGAGACCUUAAUCUUUCCCUUGUGGACAUGAAGGUCUAAAAUGUGAACCCAAUUUUUUUAAACUAGUGUCAUAUCUAUCCAUUCAUGUAUUUUUGAUAAUCAUCAUCAUAUAUAUAUUUUUUUACAUUUCUAUAAAUCAAAAGUGCAAAUAAAAAUGCUUUUAAUUUUAGUAUUCCUCGUUUAUUUCAUAUGGGACAAAUUAGGGAGUUUUGAAUCAAGUUCUCUUUGUGUUAGCUCAAGCGACAAAGCUCUUGAAUCCCUCAGAUAAUAGAAAUGUUUAAAAAAAUAAUAA